AUGAAUCUUGACAAUUCAUCGAGAGAGAAUUCAGAAGCAUUGGACUCCAUUAGCACAGUCAGUCCCAGAGAAAAGUAUCACGCAAUGAAAGAUAAAAAAAUGUCCGUACCGAGUACAGAAGGAGCCCGCCCUAAAGUUGUAACAGUGAAGCACCCUGAAUCAAAUAAACCUAAGCCAACAGCCAAGAAAAAUAAACCUAUUCAAGCUGAUUUAGACGUAAUUAAAGAGUUUGUCAGAUGUCGUGAUGAAGGGCUUAAAAGGCUUGAUCUCAGUAAAUCAUCUAUUACCUCUUUACCACCCAAUGUAAGAGAUUUGACUCAUCUGGUUGAGUUUUAUUUAUAUGGUAACAAGUUAGUUGCAUUGCCUGCAGAAUUUGGCUGCUUGACUAACUUACAAACGCUAGCAUUAAAUGAAAACUCAUUGACAAGUCUGCCUGAUUCUCUUGCUAACUUACGAUCAUUAAAAGUUCUUGAUUUAAGGCACAAUAAGUUAAAUGAUAUUCCAGAGGUAGUCUACAAAUUGACAUCAUUGACAACAUUAUUCUUGAGAUUUAACAGAAUUAAAGUUGUUGGAGAUGGCAUAGAAAGUUUGAUUAAUUUAACCAUGUUAAGCUUACGAGAAAAUAAAAUAAAGGAAUUGUCAUCAGGAAUAGGCAAUUUGGUCAAUUUAGUUACUUUUGAUGUUUCACAUAAUCACCUGGAACAUUUACCUAAAGAGAUUGGUAAUUGUAUAAACUUGAGCACAUUAGAUCUGCAGCACAAUGAGUUAUUGGAUAUUCCAGAAACUAUUGGUAAUUUACAAUCCUUAACCCGUCUUGGCCUAAGAUAUAAUAGACUCACCUCAAUUCCAUCAACUUUGAGCAAUUGUGUACACAUGGAUGAAUUUAAUGUAGAAGGAAAUUCUAUUUCACAACUGCCAGAUGGACUUUUAUGCAGCUUGACAGAACUUACUAAUAUUACUCUAUCAAGGAACUCGUUUGCCAGUUAUCCCUCAGGGGGCCCAGCUCAAUUUACAAAUGUUUUUUCUAUUAAUUUAGAACACAAUCAAAUUGAUAAAAUACCAUAUGGUAUAUUUUCAAGAGCCAAAAAUUUAACUAAAUUAAAUAUGAAAGAAAAUCUUUUAACCUCCCUUCCCCUUGAUAUUGGGACUUGGUCAAAUAUGGUGGAAUUAAAUUUGGGCACUAACCAUCUCACAAAAUUACCUGAUGAUAUACAAUGUCUUCAAAAUUUAGAAGUAUUAAUUUUAUCAAAUAAUCUUUUAAGGAGAGUCCCGCCUAGUAUUGGAAACUUGAGAAAGCUUAGAGUCCUUGAUUUGGAAGAGAACAAAUUAGAAGUAUUACCAAAUGAAAUUGGAUUCUUGCAUGAUUUGCAAAAGUUGAUAGUUCAGUCUAACCAAUUAACAACUUUGCCUAGAUCUAUUGGUCACUUGGUAAACCUUACUUUCUUGAGUGUUGGUGAAAAUAAUUUGCAGUAUUUGCCUGAGGAAAUUGGCACUCUAGAGAAUCUUGAAUCACUGUAUUUAAAUGAUAAUCCAAAUUUGUGUAAUUUGCCAUUUGAACUGGCUUUAUGUAUUAGUUUGCAAAUUAUGAGUAUUGAGAAUUGUCCGUUGACAUCAAUUCCACCUGAAGUUGUUUCCUCUGGACCCUCUUUAGUUAUUCAAUACUUGAAAUCUCAAGGACCAUACAGAGCCAUGUGA